GCUCUCACAUCGAGUGUGACUGCUGCCGGAGUAAGAGUGCUCUGUGAGACGACCGCUAUUGCUCCAGCUCCGUCCGACAGUGCCAGGGAUAGUGAGCAGUGACCUGGAUCUUGGAACUCUAGCAAGAGCAGCGCUAGAUCAUCGGAACUGCCUCUUCGAUUUACCAUCCUCAUUUUUUUUCCAUCUAUUUUUUUUAUCUCGUCAGGGAGUGACUUUUAUUUUUCUCACGGAGAGACGGAGCCUUGUGUCCUGUGAUCAAGUUAACGAGGACAUCAUUUAGAGAUGGUGGUGCUGGAAGGAGGCGGCAUGCUGACUUCGGGCAGCAAUCAGUACCUGCAACCGGACUACCUGUCGCCGCUACCAACAACGCUGGACGCCAAGAAGAGCCCGCUGGCGCUGCUGGCGCAGACGUGCAGCCAGAUCGGCGCCGACUCGCCCAGCACGAAGCCGCUGAUCCCGCCGCUGGAGAAGGCCAAGAAGCCCAGCUCCGGAAGCGCCGGCGCCGUGGCCGCCGCCGCCGACUCGCCCGCGCAGUCGCCCGCCGCCACCAAGCGCUCCAGUCCCGCCUCGGCCGGCGGCGCGAGCCUCGCCUUCAAGCCGUACGAAGCCAACGUGCUCACCAAGAAGGCCGACGUCUCGGUCGUGGACACCCGGCCCCCGUCCUCGAAGGCAGCGUCGGCUAACGACUCUAACGGCGCCGACGAGCACCGCAAGUCGGUCUCGUCGCGCGCGCCCAGCCGCAAGUCGGCCUCUCCGCCGUCCGCUUCCGCGGGGGCGUCGCCGGACAAGGCGGCGUCGACGCCGAGUACCUCCGGCGUCGCCACGUCCACCACGCCUUCCGCCGGCGGCGACCGCGGCAAGUCGGCCUCUCCCUCGGCGAGCCCCAUCAUCCGCUCGGGCCUGGAGAUCCUGCACGGCCACCCUAAGGACCUGCCGCUGGGCACGUACAAGGCGGGCGCGCUGUCGUCGGGACUGGCUGGGCUGUGCACCGGGUGUCCUCCGGGUCUGGAGCCGACCAACCCCGCCUUCCGGCCGCCGUUCGCCGGGGGCCCGUUCACGUCCCACCAGCACGCCGCCGCCACGGCAGCCAUGCUCGCCGCCGGCGGCUACCCGUCCCCGGCCGCCCCCGGGCCGUACGUGAGCUACGCGCGCGUCAAGACGGCGUCCGGCGGCGAGGCGCUGGUGCCCGUCUGCAAGGACCCCUACUGCACCGGCUGCCAGUACUCCAGCGCCGCAGCGGCGGCCGCCGCAGCCGCCGCGCACCAACAACUCCUGCUGUGCCCCAGCGGCUGCACGCAGUGCGACCACCACAAGUACGGCCUGGCGGCGCUGUCGGCGGGACUCGUGCCGCCGCUACCCUACGCCAGGCCCUACGUCUGCAACUGGAUCGUCGGCGAGACGUACUGCGGGAAGCGCUUCACCACGUCGGACGAGCUGCUGCAGCACCUGCGGACGCACACGAGCCUCGCGAGCGCGGCGGGCGACGGUGCCGCCUCCGCUGCCGCCGCCGCCGCGGCCGCCGCCGCCUCCAUGUCUCUGCUGGGCGGCGCCGGCGCGGCGUCGCCGUUCCUGCCUCACCGCUACCCCAACCCGCCGCUGAGUCCGCUGUCGGCGCGGUACCAUCCUUACUCGAAGCCGACGGCCGGACCGGGAGCUUCCAGUGCCGCCCCCGGCGCGCUGCCCGGCUCCCUGGGGGCGUCGCCCUUCAGCGCCUUCAACCCUGCCGGCCUGGGACCCUACUACUCGCCUUACGCCCUCUACGGACAGCGCAUCGGUGCCGCCGCCGUCCAUCCCUAGGCGGAAUUCUCAGCUGUUCGUCUCGGCACAUGCAUACCUCUCACUUGUUAAGUUCUUUUCCAUCACUCGCGCUACAACUGACUCUAAUAUAACUGCCGAUACCUGGGCUUUCCUCUCCAGAAAUUACUGUAAUUUUGACGUUAGUAAUAAUAACGCGCCCAGAAUUCACCCCUGUAUCAGCAUUCCUAGGCACGUGUUCUGCAGAAACGGGAUUCAGAUCUCCCAUCAUUCUCUUUAGCUUCUUUGUUUUUUUUUCCGUAUGUCACGAGCCACAGAUGCUUCCUAUUAUUCCUCUUAUACAGAGUUAUUGCUCUUGUUCUAAAUAGGUCAGUGACACAUUAAACAAUUUCCCUCCUACCGCGUUUCUUACGCUCGAAGUUAACAUCAUAACCAUCCAAAAACUCCAAGCUUCACCCUGCCACGUCAGGAACAGACACUGUAUCUGGUUCUAACGAUCCAAAACACUUCCUGCCCCUCACAUAUUUUUCACUUCUCAUUUCCAGAGUGUUGUGGCUUAUCCCAGAUAAAAAUGCAAACAAAAGCAGUCCUUCUUGUCGCCAAUACUCUCGUAAACUAGCUAUGCCAGUAAAAUUAAUAGUUUCAAAAAUAUAUUUAUUUUUCCUCUAUAUCCACCACAGGUAAUUUUCUGCUAAACAUAGCGAUAGUAGGCAAUGAAAACCUCGAAACUCCGUCUGUCUGUCAAAACCUCGUAAUUACAUUAACCACUAACUCCACUAUCAACGAAAAUUUGCAACUUUAUCCGUAUUACUUUAUACUAUUUUUUAAGAAACCGUUUUUGUUUCUCCUGUAACAUUUAAUAAAAUUGAGUUACAAAGUUUUCAUAGCCAACUAUCGAUAGUACACUUCAUUGUCCAGCAUAUUUAAAAAAAGUAAUCGUUCUUUUUGUAACUAGAAUUUAGGGUGGCGAUUCACUGUAUUUUUGUCUCUCCCCUUACGAGCUAAACGGCUACAAGUAACUUGUCCCAACAUAUUUUAAAAAUAAUCGUUUUCUGUGUGCAUGUGUCCGUACCACUACUUAAUAAGGAAUCUUGUGACUGACUGUAAACGUGUUAUUUGACGUAAGUUUUUCGUUAUACAAAACGUGUUACUUUUCAAUUUGUUGGAUCAAGGACAAUGUUAUUUAAGGAGGAAACAGUUCCAAUGCUCAUAGCGCUAAAUACUUCACAGCACUUUCCUGAGUUCACGUUAACUAUUUUUUAAUGGAUGGAUUGUGGGUUUUUAUCCCUUAUUACGUGUAAAUACAUCGACAGUUAUAUAAACAUAAGCAGUGGUGUGUGAUUUUUUUCAGUUUAUAUGACAUUAAUUUCAGAGGAAUUACAUCAUUUCAUCUUUAAUAUAACAUCAUGCACGUGCUAUCCGAGCUGAACACGUGGAAUACUUUGUGACAACAAAUAUCAUUGUUUAUCAUUUCGUAAUAUAAUUAUUAUCCUUGAUGGUUUUGUCAUCUCAGAGACGUGAUUAUAUCAAUGUAUGGGACUGGGUUUUUCAUCCAGAUUGCUGCUGUGAUAUUUCUUCGUUUAACUGUAGCAAAGUAACAAACAGAUAUUUCAAUAAAUUAUUUUCAAAUAAAUAUAUGUGUAGAUCAUAGUAGCAUUUAGCAAAGGAGAUCCAUCCAAUUAAUAUAUCUGGCAUGAAGUCUGUAUUUGUGAACUAACUGGCUCACAUAUUAGUCACUUUUAAAAAUCUAAGAUCUGCUUGUGGCUUAGAACCAUGACUCCACAGUAAUACUACUGUGAAUACUGUCAGGAAUAUAAAAUUUGAUAUUCGUUUAGUGUCUGAUGUGCUGUAAGAGCCUGUGGCUCAUUGAUCAGAUAAAGGCUUACUGAAGCUAAUAUUUUGUGUCUCUUGGUAGUGCCGAGAAUUCAUUACUUACUCCAUACAUUUUUAUUUCAAUUACUGGUCAGUAUAUAAUGACACAUUUCAUAUUAAGAAUGUUUGUUUGAAUAAAAUGUAUGGUUUCAAUUUAGGACACUAGUGUAAAUAUUUGUAAAUACAGUUGAGUUUCCAUAUUGAUUUAAUAAAAUGUUGUUUGUAGAAUUA